AUGCCAGUUAUGUCUUCCGCCUCGCCAUUUGGACUAAAUGCUCCUUUUCAGGCACAGCAGCAGCAGCAGCAGCAGCAGCAGCAGCAACAGCAGCCAUCAAAUGGUCUGGGAGCUUACAAUCCGUUCCAGCAAGGGUCGGCACCCAACACAGCAAACAGCGCAGGCGGCUAUCCCAGCCAAUUCCAGACCCACCUGCAGCCCCAACAACCGCAACAACUCAUGCCCCAACCCACUGGAAUGGACAAAAAUAGCAUUCUUUCAUUGUACAAUAUGGGUCCUGCGCAGUCUACUAUGACAUCCAUCUCCGAGCAACCCCAGCAACAGCAGCAACAGCAGCAACAGCAACCUCAGCAGUUCCAAACUCAAACCCCCACAAUGAAUUCAUACUCUCAACCAUCGAACCCAUACACCUCCAUCCCCCAGACCCAGCAAGCCACAAACUUCCAACAUCAGCCCCAGAGCCAACCCCAGAGCCAGCUCCAACCCCAACCCCAACCUCAGCAAAACUUCCAACCCCAGCAACCUACCGCCAACGCCCAGCCCGCCACAUCCAACAACCCAUUCUUCGGCACCGCGCCCGCCGGCAGCGGGUCCGGCCUUGCUGCACAAGCAGGCAUCAACCCAUACCAGCAGCAAUCCUCAGGGCUAGGAAUUGGCGGCAUGAAUGGCCAGCCCGGAGCCGGAACUGCCCCCGCCACUACUCCGGCCAUGGGAACCAACAAUUCCCCAUUUUCAGGAAUGAGCAGUCCCCCCUUUGCAGGAGCGAACAGUUCUCCAUUUGCUGGAGGCCAGUCCCCCUUCUCAGGCCCGCCGCCCACAAACUCGGCGUUCCCACGGACACACAUGAGCCAGCCGAGCGUUGAUGUGAGCGGCAUGCAGAAGGGUCGUCAUAGCCCUGAUGCCUUUGCUAGUCUGAGUGCUCGCUACGGUUGA